GGGGUGUGGCCAGAGGCGAGCUCAGUAUCAGCCACAGGCGUAAGAGGACGGGAGCUAAAAAUUGUAGAGGGGAACGAUGAUUAGCUGGUCUUAGGUCGAGGUGGAAACAAAGUCUUAGCUUUGCUUGUUUUUCAGAAAGUUUUUAACAUUUGUGGCCUGGUCGAAGUUUGAGUGAGCAUUUUGGAGUCGGAGGUUGUUUUUCUGGUGUGUGUGUGGGGGUGUGUGUCUAUUUUAUCAUCAUGUGGAGAAUACUUGCCGCAGUCUUCCUACUGUCUCUUCUGAAAGAGUCAGCUUGUAUUCAAGUGACAGUUUCUGAGACACAGCGCUCCACAGCUCUGUUCGCCUCAGUGAUUAUCAACUGUGAUUACUCCACGUCUGCAAACCCCAAUGAAGUUCUUGUCACCUGGAGGUUCAAGUCCUUCUGCAAGGAUCCUGUCCUGGAGUACUACUCCACAGGGUACCAGUCUGCACUGCAGCUGGGACAGGACCCGGCUAACGAUUGCCAAGACAGUCAGCGGACAGUUCGAGUCGUAAUCCAGAAGAGAGGAAGCAAUGAGCCGAUUCUGGGAUCUGAAUAUCGGAAUCGAAAGAUCUCGAUACAAAAUAAGGCAGACUUGGUGAUAAAUGAGGUGAUGUGGUGGGACAACGGCGUUUACUUCUGUGCUGUUGACGCUCCUGGAGACACCACCGGCGACUCGGACAAAGAAGUCAAGCUCAUCGUCUACCAUUGGCUAACAGUGCUGUUCAUCGUCAUCGGGGCCCUCCUCCUGCUCUUGCUCAUCUGUAUUUGCUGCUGCCAGUGCUGCCCGCAGAUUUGCUGCUGCUAUGUCCGCUGUCCCUGCUGUCCGCAGAAAUGCUGCUGUCCUGAAAGAGCUGUUAUGCAGCAUCGCAUGAUGAAGGAGGCUCAGAGGGCCAUGGCUCCGUGGAUGAAUGGACAGCAAGUUUAUGCACCACUGAGCCAUGUGUCCUCACAGAUGAACCCAGCCCUCUAUCCAGGAUCUGUCUCUGGGAAGAGCAUCCCUCUAAAGCCAAUGCCCCUGCCCACCCCUCAGCCCAUAGCUUACAGCAUGCCCCCUCCCAGUGUCCAAGGCACCCAUGUUUCUGCCAACACCAAUCACAUGCUCGACUACCUGGAGAACCAGGUGCGAGGAAUAGAUGUCACAAGUCCUCUUCUACAGUCCAUGCCACCCUCCCACAUGCAGCAUAUGCCUCCUCCUCCCCGGCACAUGCCUAUGAAUGUCCCAUUUUCCCCGGGGGCUCCCAGUAUGAUCUCCGCUCUCGAUGACGGUCCAAUGAACCGCCGCAUCAUUACAGUUCCGCCGAUCAGGGAGAAGCAGUCAGGAAGACCCCCGGCACCCAAUACCCGCCCUCCCAGCUCCAGCGAGAGCAACCGCAGUGGCUUUAGCCGCUACGAUGAGCGUGGGGCAACAGGCGGACGGCGUUACCCCUCUCCAGCCAGAUCUAGAGGAAUUCCCCGGAGCUACAGCGAGGAAUCCCUGGACGGAAGAGGUCACAAUAGAUCGAAGCCGGGCAUGGAUCGGCCUCGCUCCCGUUCCAGGGAUGAUUUGUUUGAUAGCAGGUCCAGAGGGGACUACUCUCCUCCAGCAGCAAGACGCUCCAGGGGAUCAUGGGGCUCUGAUGAUGACUCCAGCAGCAGGAGAGGAGCAGCAGGGGGUAGAAGAGGAGGAGGAGGCUGGGCUGACAAACCUCCCAAGUACACAGAAUACGAGCCAGGACAGAAACCAGGACCACGGAGGAAUGAGUACUCUGACAAAAGUUCCCGGAGCGCCACCAGCAUUGUCAUCUAAGCUGUCCAGCAGGGAAACAAUUUCUGACCUCUCAGCAAACGUGCACAACUCAUUUGCCUUUUGUGGCUAUGGGUAAACACUUAAAAAGAACGACGCAACAGUUUUUCAUUUAACUUUUUUGCCUAAUUAGAUGGAAAGAAGAUGGAAAUCUAUUUGAAAGACUCAACGCAGCCUGUAAAGUGUGAAAUACUGCGAGCUUCUAAUGGUUUCCUUUGUUUAAUAUUCUGAGUAACACUCCCCUCUGCUGGCUUGCUUGUGUGCUUAAAGUACUCUGAGGUAGCAUCGAAGUCACGGAUUACCGUCAGUGUAAUGUCAAGUAAACCUCAAGUUGGAUGUUUUCCUGGUAAUAUUAUGAUAUUAAAUGCUUUUGCAAUUGCAAUCAGGGCCAAAACUAACUACAGCUGUUACAUUAGACCUAUUUGAACCCUUCAUAAUAUGAAAAGACCCUUGUCCACCUUAUGCUUAAAUUUCUAAGUGUAUUUUUACAUCUGCUGGACAUCUUAAAGUGAGUGCAAUGAAUAUAAUUUUUAACGUUUUGAAGGAAGCUGUGCCACAAAAAGCAGUCGGGGUUAUUUUUGAACAUGUUUGUAAAUCUUUGUGGAGGCGAUAAAUUACAUAUUUGCACUUAGUGCUCACUUGAAAAAAAAAAAAUUAAGCUUUGUGUGUAAAUAAGUGAUGAUUUUGAGUGAUGUAGGAGACACUCCAAACUUUUUUUUUUUUCUUUUUUAUAGUUGCACGUUGUGAACAUAUGGUUGCCUUUGAUUUCUCUGUUUCCUAAAAUCAUGUACAGUUGGUGUGAAUUUAUUAAUAAACUUUAUACCUUUUAGGUA